GCACGUUAAAUCCUGCCACCCUCCACCCAAACCCAUCAAUUUGCUGUGGAGAUCGAAAAUAGGAGGGCUUACAUGACUCCAGUCCAGACUGAAGGCGAAGAGAAGUGUGGAUCCUCCAUCAUCAGUACUUCCACAGCGCAGUGUGCCCGAACACAGCGGACAAUAAUCAGCACACAUUCACGCUUUUCCCCGGAUUUCUUGCCUGUCUGCGGAUGAACAGCCAUGGGGGAAUGGACCAUACUAGAGAGGCUCCUGGAGGCUGCUGUCCAGCAGCACUCCACUAUGAUAGGAAGGAUCCUACUAACUGUGGUGGUGAUCUUCCGGAUCUUAAUUGUAGCUAUAGUUGGAGAAACAGUGUACGAUGAUGAACAGACCAUGUUUGUCUGUAACGCCCUACAGCCGGGCUGUAUACAAGCGUGUUACGACAAGGCUUUCCCCAUAUCUCACAUCCGAUAUUGGGUCUUUCAGAUCAUCAUGGUGUGCACGCCGAGUCUUUGCUUCAUCACGUACUCGGUCCAUCAGGGAGCAAAGCACAAGGAGCGGCGAUAUUCCACUGCCACCGUCUUCCUCGCGCUGGACAACAAGGAGCAGGAUUCGUUGAAACGAGAGGAGAGCAAGAAUCAAAAGAUCAAGAACACCAUCUUGAACGGAGUACUUCAAAACACAGAGAACUCCACCAAAGAGGCCGAGCCCGACUGCUUGGAGGAGAAAGAGAUGACCAAUUCGAAAACCAAACCCGUCAAGUCCAAAAUGAGGCGCCAGGAAGGCAUUUCCCGGUUCUAUAUCAUACAGGUAGUGUUCAGAAACGUUCUAGAAAUCGGCUUUCUGGUGGGCCAGUAUUUCUUGUACGGAUUCAACGUGCCCGCCGUGUACGAGUGCGAUCGCUACCCGUGCAUCAAAGAGGUGGAGUGCUACGUGUCCAGACCCACGGAGAAAACAGUGUUCCUCGUCUUCAUGUUCGCGGUCAGCGGCUUUUGCGUGGCUCUCAAUCUGGCCGAGCUCAAUCAUUUGGGCUGGAGGAAGAUCAAAACGGCUGUGAGGGGCGUGCAGGCCCGGAGGAAGUCCAUCUAUGAGAUCAGGAACAAGGAUUUGCCCCGGAUGAGUAUGCCCAAUUUCGGCCGCACUCAGUCCAGCGACUCUGCCUACGUGUAAUUGCGCGGAAAGAGAGCGAAAUUAUGGACGAGUCCCCUCCGCCACUUAAGGGUCAUGAAUUGCGAGAGUGGGGUAGGACUUUUUUUGUUACUGUUUUAAAGACUUCAUUGACGACUGUGGAUGACAAACACGUUUGUAAAGCAGUUCAAACUGUAAAUGCAACUUUUUAGCAACGUUUGUACUCUGAGAUGUACACAAAGAGCAAAUACUGAUACCUGAAUGCAUAUUCCCCCAAUGUAAGCUGCGGUUACACUUUACGUGACACUGUCCGCAAUGCAUGUUAUUGCAAUAACUAUAUGUUACUACAAACAGUUCCGCAAAAUAAGCACUAUUACUCAGUAAUUACCGAUGUAAUUACACUGUAACGUGAACACUGGCAUGUAAAGCGUGACCGAAGCUGCUCUGCUGUACUUGAAGGGAGUAAAUACGUUUUGCACUAAAAAGUUAAAAACGUGAUGCUAACAGUGUUUGACAUCACAUUUAUGUGACACAAUGCACAUGGGGAGAGUCUUAACAUAGAUUUAUCAUUAUUAUACUGUACAUCAAACACUUUUGCUUCAAAUAUGAUUUCUUUCUUUUGGGUUGCCUGUACUGCACCAUUGACCUUAACAUAGACUAUAGGAUUAAAUCCACUGCAAAAUUGUUUUUGUGUGUGUGUGUGUGUGUGAUAGCAGUAUGUGUGUGUGUGUGUGAUUUCCUUCAUUUCAACACCAAAGCGCCCACUGCGUUUAUUUGUGAGGUGUCUUUUCGCUUAAGUGUAAUCAAGUGCCAUACUUGUAUAUAAAUAUAUAUGCAUAUAAAUAUAAAAUCUAUUCUGAUGAAUAUUAUCAUAUCCAUGAAAGUAGAUUUAUUGCUUGAAUGAUGCUUAAUGCAUCCAGAUUUACUUAAAGUGUAUUAGUCGGCAAAAAGCAUAUUUUUUUCGUUCAUUUUGAAAACGGCCAGAAAGUAAAUAAAGUGCUGGUCUUUUUCUACACAACACAACAGCAAUCUAUAUACAAAGCAAAUGUUUCUUCCUGCUCUGGUGCUGACUUUUCCACUAAACAAUUCCAGCAAUAUUUGUAACCCAGAUGAGUCAGAAUACAUGAGCUUUGAUUUGAUUCUUUUUGAGAUUUAAAAUUCCGCCAUAUCUCCUCCACGCUCUAUGAUGAUGCAAGUGUGUGCUUUCUGCUAUAAGGCCUUGUUCGAAAUCUGAUCAUGAUCAUUCAGAUGUGGUUUUGCUUUUCACAUUUAGAUGUUUAUUAUUUUUCAUUAUUACGAUGCCACCGUAGAUGUAUGACAAACAAAUGUGUGCCCAGAGAGGAGACUUUUCUUGCGUUCUCUGCAUUUCUAAGCUUGAAGGGAAAGUAUUGCAUGUUUAUGAACAUAUAUUUAAGAGAAUCUGGACAAUUUCAAGGGUUGAAAUCUACUCGGCAUUGCUCGGGUAUUGAUAUAUCACCCCAUUCCCCAUACGGAUUCCUCUGAUGCUUGAGAAAAAACAAACUAUCACAAGGGACGUUACCGGAGGUUGCGGACACAUCUUGAAGGUCACUGAUGAUAAAGCGAAAGAUUGGGACGGACUGUCCAGGAUCAUCCGGGGGCAGGACCACUGAACACCUGACGGGAUGACUUGGCAAAGCUCUGGAAUCUCGGACACAUAAGAGUGGCAUUUUCUCCUAAUAUAAGAAGGGAUGGGGGAAAUGGGAACAUAAAGACAAGAAAUGCUAAUUGCUUGGCUGUAUGGUGCAAUAUUCUCUUUCUCUCUCAGUUAUUCCUCUAUUCUUGGAUAAGCAUUCCAGGACUGCACAGAUACCUUUUACAACUUUGCGGUUCUUACCGAGAAACUGUAAAGACCAGAGAAAUCCAAACGAGAGGUUUAGUUGCAAACUGAGCUGAAGGACUGUACUGGACCUUAAAGAGCAAAGCUUUAAUAAAACAUGAAGACCUGUAUCUUCCUUGCCUUAUAUCUACUGCAGUCUCCCCGCCCCGACCCCUCCCCUUCCUGUCUGAUUUUUCUCAUUCUCUCCCGUGCAUUUUCUGCAACAGCAGACGUGGUAUUCUUACAGCUCCUUCUAAAUGACAAAAGGAUUGGGUUUGUGUCUGAAUGUAAUUUUGCAUGCUUGGUGAAAUGAUACCUGUGCUGCAUUGAAGGUUGUGGCUGCGUUCAUGUGAGAUGCACCAAUGCAAAGUGGUUUGAUUUGUCAGGGACACUUGAGAUGCAUUCUGCACGCUGAGAUGUCUCCAUUGCAACUUAUGCUGAUUUACAAAAGGGAAAAAAAGGUCUUGUUCAUUCGCCAGUCUUGAAAUGACGUAACAAGUAAGCAUGGAAUGCCAUGAAGGUUCUUUUGGGUAUUUUUUGGGCCUUUGAUUAUUAGAUUUUCCCUGGAGCUUCAUCUCAAACCACAACAAAAAGUGAGAUAUCGACAGUUUGAUGCAGAAAUUCAUAUGCAGUCUGCUUGAAAACGCAUCGCAAGUUUAUCCUGAUUGAUUUGCAUAUUGAUAAAGAGGGUCUUGCAUGAGGUGAACGCCGAAAAAUCACCAGACUGUUCCCUUUUUGAAACCAUCAAGCCUCCAAUCCUUGUGUUUUGUGUAAACUGAAUGAAACGUGGAUGGAUGAUAUACUGUGAAUUAAAUCCACUUCUUAACAAAGAUGUUGAUGGAAGUGAUGGGCCUGAUUGUUUGUGUACUCGCCGCAUACACACACGCGCAUCCCCUCUGAGAUUUCAUUUAACUGCAGUGUCCUGGAAGGGCUGCGCACAAACUCUGCAAUGCACAACUGCUCUCACCUGCACAGCACUGAACAUGGGCAUUUGGAAUCUUAAUAAAUGUAUACAUUUUGUGUGUAUAUAUAUAUAUAAAUAUCUUUUUAUUUUGAUUUAUCCAGACAAUAAUUUGGAUAUAGCAGAAACAGCACAAAUGUGAAAAAUAUUCUAUUUAAUGACUGUUAAAUUGGGUAAUGAGGUGUUGGUCAAACAAGUAUAUAUACAUAUAUAUGUUAGUGUUUGUCAAAGUAUUGUGUAAUUCAACUGAUGUUCAAAGAGUUUGAGAGUAAACAACAAGAGCUAUUAAUAAAGUUCAAAU